GUUUGAAUCAUUGGGCCUUGAAAUAAAAAAAGGAAUAGCUAGAUGGGGGGUGUAAAGGAAGAAGAAAAGGAAGGUCUUGAUCAUAGCUAUUAUCCACUGUAUGAGACAAAAGGCAGGAGAUGGAAUAGUGCAUACAAGCUGUUUUCUGUAACUGUGUUCUUGGCUAUCUGCUGCAUAUGGGUUUUCAGGGUGACAAACAUCCCAAGAACAGAGGAAGGCGGUGCAGGAAGAUGGGUUUGGAUUGGGAUGUUCGUUUCCGAGCUUCUUUUGGGUGUUUAUUGGAUCUUUACUCAGUCUGUUCGUUGGAGUGUUGUUUACAACUAUCCCUUCAAAGAAAGGCUCUCUCUCAGGUAUGAGGAAAACUUGCCGGGAGUGGAUGUUUUCAUAUGUACGGCAGAUGCCAUAUUGGAGCCACCAACCCUUGUGAUUAAUACUGUGUUAUCAGUGAUGUCAUACAACUAUCCACCGGAGAAGUUGAGUGUUUAUCUUUCAGAUGAUGGAGGUUCAGAGUUAGUCUACUACGCUCUUUGGGAAGCAUCAAGAUUCUCCAAAUAUUGGAUACCCUUCUGUAAGAAGUUUAAGGUGGAGCCAAGAUCCCCUCAUGUCUAUUUUGCUCAACAUGUUCUCGAACAAGACAAAGUGUUCUCAGAAGAGUGGUCUGACACUAAGAUAUUAUAUGACGAUAUGAUAAGUAGAAUUGAGGAAGCUAUGGAAAGUGGUAGAGUUUGUGAUGAAAUAAAGCAGCAACACAAGGGGUUCUUUGAGUGGAACUCUAAAACCACAAAGCAAGACCACCAGUCAAUUGUUAAGAUUUUACUUGAUGGGCGGAAUAGAAAAGAGGUGGAUGUCUGUGGAAAUCUAUUACCAACCCUCGUCUACCUGUCACGUGAGAAGAAGCCCCACAAACCACAUCACUUCAAGGCUGGAUCAAUGAAUGCGUUGGUAAGGGUUUCUGCAGAAAUUAGUAAUGCACCCAUCAUCCUCAACUUGGACUGUGACAUGUAUUCAAACAAUGCAGAUUCGAUAAGAGAGGCAUUGUGCUUUUUCAUGGAUAAAGAGCAAGGGAACAAAAUAGCAUAUGUGCAAUAUCCUCAGCGCUUUGCUAAUAUUCCCAAAAAUGAUUUGUACGGAAAUGGAGCGCGAGUGACCCGAGAAAUUGAACUUGCUAGUAUGGGUGGUGUUGGAGCUGCUUUAUACUGCGGAACUGGAUGCUUUCACAGAAGAGCAAGCCUUUGUGGAAUGAUAUACCCUAAAGAGCUUCAAAUUGAUGGCUUGCUUGGUGGAUUGAAAAAUGAAACGUCCAUUGAAGAGUUGGAGGAAGCAUCUAAAUAUGUCAUAAAUUGCAGCUAUGAAGAGGGUACUCAAUGGGGAAAACAGAUGGGGCUAGUGUAUGGAUGUCCAGUGGAAGAUAUAGUCACAGGUUUAACUAUCCAAUGCAGAGGAUGGAAAUCUGUCUAUUAUAAUCCCCAAAAACGCGCUUCUUUUUUGGGUAUUGCCCCAAUUACAUUGGAAGUUGCUCUUGUUCAACACAAGAGAUGGGCUGAAGGCAUGUUUCAGAUUUUUAUCUCCAAGUAUUGCCCCUUCACAUAUGGCUAUCGAAAAAUAAAACUAGCUGCUCAGAUGGGAUAUUGUCGUUACCUUCUUUGGGCCGUCAUUUCCAUCCCCGUACUCUAUUAUGUGAUUGUCCCUCCUCUUUGUUUGCUUCACAGUAUCUCCUUAUUUCCAAAGGUAACACGUCUUUGGUGUGUGCCUUUUGCGUAUGUUUUUGCGGUGAGGAGCGGUUACAGUUUAGUGGAAGCUUUGAGUUCAGGUGAGACACUCAAUUCAUGGCGGAACUUGCAAAGGAUGUGGCUGAUGAGGAGGACAACCUCGUACUUCUUUGCAUUCUUUGACACAAUCAGCAGGCAACUAGGAUUCUCAGAAACCACAUUCACUCUCACAGCUAAGGUGACAGACGAUGACUCUCAAAGGAGAUACGAGGAAGAAAUCAUGGAUUUUGGGGGGAGUUCAUCUUCCUCCAUAAUGUUCACCAUUACAUCCACACUUGCAUUGUUGAACUUGAUGAGUUUCGUCUCGGGAGUCGUCAUGAGGCUUGUCUUUGUCCCCCAAUUCAUUCCACAAGUGACUCUUAGUGCGGUGAUAGUAAUGGUAAAUUUGCCUGUUUAUGAAGCACUUUUCCUCCGGAAAGACAGUGGAAGCUUGCCCUCAUCCGUUCUAAUAAUGUCUGUAUUCUCACUAUCUGUGCUAUGUUUAUUGCCCAUCUUCUAGCUUGUUUUCUGAAAAUUGUGCACAAACUUUUAUUUAUUUGAUGUUUUACACUUCUAUCUACGUUUUUGUCGU